GAGAGAGACUGAGAGAGACUCGCUCUGGAGCUGUAUGUGUCUCGGCGGUCCCAGUCGGUCGGCGUGGGUGCCGCUGCCGCCGCUCCAACCGCUCCGGCCGCGAAGUGUGUGGACGGGGUCGCCCUCGGGACGUUGUGUUAAGCGAGUGGGGUAAAACACUUGUCAGUGAUGUCGCUACUGUGUUGACAGAAGAUAGGAUUACAGUUUUUCUUCAUGAUUUUGUCCUACAAUGGAGGUACAUAUACGUUUCUGGAAUGAAAGUCUACACUGGAAGUUCUCCCAAUCCAUCGAACUGCUUCAAUAGGAAGGGGAAAAUUCUAUGACUAACAGGAUCCAAGCCCAAUCAGCAGCCUCACAUGUAUUUGUGGACCUGCCCACUAUCAAGACUGUCUCCAUUAAAGCUACUGACACCAGACAUGGUGACAUAGUGGGGUUGGAUAUGGAGGAGAUGCUGCAAAGCUCACUUUUCUCCUUUGCUCUGAAUGCUUUUAUACACAGACAAAGAUUCCAAACUUAAAGUGAAGGAGUGAAUGUAAAUGCACAGAGACUGGACUCCACUUUGCCUUUUUAAUCUUAAGAACCACCUGAUCUGCUCCCUUGUUUGUUUAUUUGCUUACAUCUGAGCGGAGGUGUGGGGGAGGGGGGUCAUCCCCAUGAUGCUUUGUGUGGCCCGCGUGCGACGUCUCCAUCGUCAGCUCACUCUCCAGACCAGCCUCUUCCUCCUCUUCCUCCUGUGCAUGCUCAGCGUCUUUGUCUCCGCCUAUUUCCUGUACACUGUCAAGCGUGAGCUCGAACCUUCCGCCGGAGGUGGGCCAGGGAACUGUGAUGAUGAUUAUAUCGUCCCAUCCAGGCUCCUCCCAUUUCGAGAUGAAGUGGGCGGAGCACCAGCAGCAGAUGGAACCAGAACGGAACCGGUGGUUCUGGUGUUUGUGGAGAGCCAGUACUCCCAGCUCGGCCAGGAGAUUGUGGCGGUUCUGGAGUCGGCCCGAUUCCGCUACCAGACGGAGAUUUCUCCCGGUAAGGGAGAUAUGCCCACAUUAACGGAUCGGGACCGAGGACGCUUCGCUCUGAUCGUGUACGAGAACAUCCUGAAGUAUGUGAACAUGGACGCCUGGAACAGAGAGCUGCUGGAUAAAUACUGUGUGGAGUACGGAGUGGGAAUCAUCGGAUUCUUCAAGGCAAAUGAGAACAGUCUGCUCAGUGCUCAGCUGAAAGGUUUCCCGCUGUUCCUGCACUCUAACCUGGGUCUGAAGGACUGCACAGUGAACCCCAAAUCACCUUUACUGCACAUCACUCGUGGCCAGGAGGUAGUGAGAGGUCCUCUUCCUGGUGAUGACUGGACAGUCUUCCAGUCUAAUCACUCCACAUAUGAGCCUGUACUGCUGGCUAAGACCCAGUCAGCAGAGAGCAUGGGGCUGCGUGCUGUUCUUCACACCUCUGUGGUGCAGGACCUGGGUCUCCACGACGGUAUCCAACGUGUCCUCUUCGGUCAUAACCUGGCCUUCUGGCUCCACAAGCUGGUGUUUGUGGACGCUGUGGCCUUCCUCACGGCCAAGAGACUGUCCUUGUCCCUGGACAGAUACGUGCUGGUGGACAUCGACGACAUCUUUGUGGGAAAAGAGGGAACACGGAUGAAGGUGUCUGAUGUGAAGGCGUUGUUGGAGAUGCAGAACGAACUGCGGGCGUCGAUCCCAAACUUCACUUUUAACCUCGGCUUCUCAGGGAAGUUCUUCCACGCAGGUACUGAUGAGGAGGAUCUGGGUGAUGACCUGCUGUUGUCUUAUGUUAAUGAGUUCUGGUGGUUUCCACACAUGUGGAGUCACAUGCAGCCACACCGCUUUCAUAACCAGAGCGUGUUAGCAGAGCAGAUGCUCCUCAACAGACACUUCGCUGAGGAACACUCUAUCCCGACUAACCUGGGUUAUGCAGUGGCGCCUCACCACUCGGGUGUAUAUCCUGUGCAUGAGCAGCUGUAUGAUGCGUGGAAGAAAGUGUGGGGAAUCAAAGUGACCAGCACAGAGGAGUACCCUCACCUCAAACCAGCCCGCUACCGCCGAGGCUUUGUCCACAGCGGCAUCAGUGUGCUGCCCAGGCAAACAUGUGGUCUUUUCACUCACACUAUUUUCUAUAAGGAUUACCCUGGAGGCCCUCAAGAGCUGGACAAGCUCAUCGACGGAGGGGAGCUCUUCCUCACUGUACUGCUCAACCCAAUCAGCAUCUUUAUGACUCACAUGUCUAAUUACGGAAAUGACCGUUUGGGGCUGUACACCUUUAAGAAGCUGCUGCAUUUCGUGCAGACGUGGACUCACCUAAGGCUGCAGACGCUGCCCCCACUCCAGCUCGCUCACAAAUACUUCAGCCUCUUUCCCUCUGACAGAGAGCCACUCUGGCAGAACCCCUGUGAGGAUAAGCGACACAAGGAUAUCUGGUCUAAGGAGAAAACAUGUGAUCGCUUCCCUAAGCUGCUUGUGAUUGGACCACAGAAAACAGGGACGACAGCCCUGUAUCUAUUCCUGGGCAUGCACCCUGACCUCAUCAGCAAUUACCCCAGCAAAGAGACAUUCGAGGAGAUUCAGUUUUUCAACGGCCACAACUACCACCGGGGAAUAGACUGGUAUAUGGAGUAUUUCCCUCUCCCCUCCAACACCAGCUCAGAUUACUACUUUGAGAAGAGUGCUAACUACUUUGACUCUGAAGUAGCAGCAGCUAGAGCAGCAGCCUUGCUCCCGAAAGCUAAAAUCAUCACUGUCCUCAUCAAUCCUGCUGAGAGAGCCUACGCAUGGUACCAGCACCAGAGAGCUCAUGACGACCCAGUGGCACUGAAAUACUCUUUCCAUGACGUCAUCACCGCAUCCCACAGUGCUCCUGUGAAGCUGCGUAUCCUACAGAGCCGCUGUCUGGCACCGGGUUGGUACGCAGCCCACCUGGAACGAUGGCUCACACACUACCACUCUAGUCAGAUCAUGGUUGUGGAUGGGCAGAUGCUGAAAACUGAACCAGCAUCAGUCAUGGAUAAGGUGCAGAAGUUUCUGGGACUUGUGAACACCAUUAACUACCACAAGAUCCUGGCGUUUGAUCCUAAAAAAGGGUUUUGGUGUCAGCUCCUGGAGGGAGGGAAGACGAAGUGUCUGCGGAAGAGUAAAGGAAAGAGAUACUCAGAUAUGGACUCAGAGUCGCAGGUCUUUCUGAGAGAGUACUACAGGGAUCAUAACAUUGAGCUGUCCAAGCUAUUGUAUAGGAUGGGACAGCCUCUGCCCAGUUGGCUCAAAGAUGAACUCCUCAAUAGCAGGUAGCAUUGAAACUCAUACCUCCCCCUGUCUGACAAUGGUAUAGUCAUCGGCACCACUCAUCUGCCUCAAGUGGAAUAAACCAUUCAUGUCAUUGGGGGUGUAAGGAAUUCCACUGAAAUGGAAGCUUGCCUUCCUGAAUUGACUGUUGGAAUGUGAUGUGGUAAUUCACUAAAGGACAGAAGCAGCCUCCCCCAUGGGGUAGAAUGGUACAUGACCCGUUUGGGCAAAAAGUGAUAGAUCCUUCUGUUUCAUCCUAAUGGACUGAAGUGUAUUGGGCUUGCUAUGGUGUCGAGCAUUGAGAUUUCGUGUGUCAUCUUGAUGAGAUGAAGAUGAAGAUGCAACAGAUUCCUUCACUAUGUUAAUUGUGGAUGGGAAAGAAAUGUCCAAGAACUUGAACUUGUUUUGAUGAGCUAUUGACUUAAAGAAUAAAUACAUUGGACAUGAGGAGAUGGACGAACUGCUGUUUAAUCACCUCUGGUCUUUUGGGUUUAAUAUGAGCAGGUGACAGGUGAGGCCAGAUGAGCAUAUGUGUGUUAGUUUUAAAAGUGCCAGUCAUAGAAGAAAACACUGAGGGUUUUGUAUAAUGUAACUGUGUUGUUUUCUUUAUCAUAUGAACCAGUUACACAGCGCUUACUCAGCAUGGUACGCAGGCAGUGAAGCUGCCGUCAACACUAAACAUGAAUGUAUCAUAAUGUAAUUCAAAGCCUGCCAGUUAUUGAUUUUAUAAGUAUUUAUGAGCUAGUAUUUCCUUCCACCCAAUUCCUUCCAUCCUGGCUACAGUGGAAUAACCUGAUCACCCUGUACUGUCUUCUGAGUCUUUGAGUUGAGUGGUCAAAGUCUACAAUUUUCUUUAAGGCAGCACCCUGUUCUUGUAUGAUAGAUCUGAGAAUGGGGCCCAGUAGGGGUAAAAUUGCAUCAUGAUGUAGAAAUGCGUUUUUACACCAGGGCUGGCCGUAAAUGUGAGAGAUUCCAUUUCUCUUCCCAGCAUAAAUGUCAGCAUGCUGGAACCGCCAUCCUCAGAGGCUUUCACCCACUAACACUACAAGGUAGCAGGUGUGGUAGAUAUUGGCCUAGGCCGACAUAGGAUACGUAGGAUAUCACUUCAUUCAGAGAUAAAGGAAAAUGAGUUUCAAAUGGUACUGGUUUGAGUCUGGGAAUAUGGUGUUUGUUUACUCUACAGACUUAUGUCAGUUUGAAAUAGUUUUACAGUGAAAUAAAUUCAUUUUAAGUGCCAUAACUACAGCUUUAGAUCCUGGUUGAAUGUGGAGGUGUGGGGGGAUAUAUUUGUAAUUUUUUUUUUUCUGUACUUUGUUUUAUAUCAUUUUUUACUUUUUGUUGAUUGUAUUUUUUCACAUUCAGAUAUAAAACCAUGCAGGCACCUCUUACAAAACUUGCUGAUUAAAAAUGGCAUCAGACAGAUGGAUUUCUUUCCCAUUAAAAGAAAUAACUCUAUAUUUCCACAAUGGAAACUUUAUAACUAAAUGUUAAAGUACGUUAAGAGUAAUUUUUUUUUUUUUUUUUUUUUUUCCCCUUUUUUCAGUUUCUGCAGAAUUCAGCCUUUGAGAUAUAAACAGAGUUAUUCAGAGUGGUUUGAUGUGAAAUGCGCCAUUCUGUAGAAACUAAUCAGUCAUGAUUUCUUUACAGUGGUGGUGAUAGGAACCAGGGGGCACAAUGUCUACAUCACAAAUAUAGCAUUUUAUUUAAUAUACAAAAUAACACAUAUAUUUAUAUACAAUGUUGAUAAUGGUAACAGUGGUAAAUCUGUAUAAAUAAGUUUUCUUGGAGGACUAUUUUGUCAUUCAGUGCCCAGCAGGUACCUCCGUGAAUGGAUUAGGUCACAACCUUCAGCUCAAAACUAUCAUAAAGCAAUACAUCAGGCAGUGUAUUCUUAGGCAUUUCAUGUAAUAACUUUCUGUGGAGGAAGCUUUUAGAGGCAUUAAACUCUUCAGACGUCUGGUUCCUAUCACUACCACGGUAAACAAUUCUGACUCUUACUGAGUAAGUUUCUCUAGAGCGUUUCGCAUCAGAUAACUCUGACUUUGUUUAUGUCUUAAUGAUUUAAUCAUGAAAACAUUUAGAAUUCUCCUCGAUGCAAUAAGAUUUGAUGUAAUAAGUAAUUGGCUAACAAAUGAAGAUGGUUGUGUUUUUAUAUUACAACAACAUAAACUAAGAAUGUGCUGCUGUUUCUGGACCAGAUGCUUCCAACUAAAGACAAAUCACUAUCAGUAUCAGUUAGAAGGUAACCCUCUAAUGCAGUGGGGGGCUUCUGUGAGCCUCGGUAUGAAAUACUUUAAACAUUUUAAAUGGCUCUUUGUUUUCUCUGUGAUCCUGUUUUGCAGUCCUCAUCCAUGAGCAGUGGAAUUAAGAAUGUCCUCAUUUUACUCCGAGUUUCCAAAAUGUAUCUGGUUUUAAUUGGAUACUGAAGUUGGCAUGUCAUAAAAUGGUCAUCUUUAAAACGUUCAUUUUUGGUGUGUAAUUGCAUGGGUGUUGGAAGUUUUCAUAUGAAAGUAAUUUGCCUUCUUUAGUCUAUUCAGGGAGUUUCCCCUGUUCUGUGCCUGUUUUUAUUAUUUACCCAUUUUAUUCUGGAUAACAGAUCAGCAGUACUGAUAAAACCAUUGUAAACGUUAGUGGGGCUGUAUAAGGAGACACUGUACUCUCCUGCUAUGUUCUUUGCGUUGUUAUGAUUUUGGGAAACAAAAGCAUAAUAACCUGGGCCCAGGGCGGCUAAUGUUUUUAACAGACAGAUGUUGCAUAUGAAUGACCAAUCAAUGGUCAAGAAAGCACAGCUUUUUAUAGUGUAAAUAUGAAUCUAAUAAUCUAUGAGGUUUCAUGGAUGAAUGAGGAGAGUGGAAAUUAUUGGAUGUGGAAUAUUAACAACUAACCCACAUGAACUUUCAGGUUAAGAGUGACUGAAUUGCAGGAUUAGAAGAUAAUAUAAUAAUGUUUUGUUUUGUUUUAAUAUUUGCCUGUUUUUAUUUUUUUAUUUGUAUUUAUUUUUUUGUUCUACAUGUUUUCCUCAGUCUGAUUUCAUUUUGGAUACUGUUAAGUGCGUCUGAACUUUGAAAGCCUGGGCACUGAGGCCUGGCUGUGUUGCCACUACAGCUGAAGUUUAACAGAAAGUGUAAUAAAUAGGCUGCAAUAAUCACUACA